AUUUCGGUAUAGCUGGUCGGGGCAGAUCUUUCCUUGCACCUUCAUCCAGCAAACAAUGACUUGUAAUAGAAGCAACUCUACGCAGGAUACGGCGGGGAGUCACGGAGGGCUCGCAACUCUAAAGUGCAAUGCUCGUCUGAGCUGAAGCCCUUGUAUACCGCAUAUCGCUCACUGAGAUGGGGAUGUACCGCUCAUUCAGAUGACUGCGAUAGCAGCGGAUCCUCUCACCCCGCCAUGAGCUCCGCACGCGUACUCGGUGUGGCAGAGCUCCUCUCUAUCGUUCUCGACUUCGUCGUUGAAGACGGCUACGACCACGGCAUUCGGUCUGCGUGUUAUGUCGCCAAGAAUUGGUGCGGCAUUGCCGAAGAGCGUCUGUGGGCGCAUGUUGAUCUGUCGAUCGUGCUCAGGAAGCUGCCGGACGAUGCAUGGUACAUCUACGACAGCAAGGCCCAGUCACCCCCCGAUGUCGAUUGUCAUCGAAUCAUAGGCGAAAGUCCUACUCUGACUCUACGCCGCGGUAUCACGCCCGCCGAAUGGGCCGCCAUUCUCCCUAAGACAGCGCGCGUCCGCACUAUGCAGACUGUAGGCGGUCCCUCCAGCCCAGCAGAGCUCCUUUCCAAGUGGGGCCGCCUCGCCCUCGCGCCCGUGGUCUACGACAUGCUGGCUGCCAGCCUGCCGGACUUCUGCCUGUUCACACAUCUCCGCUCGCUCUCCGUUGGUGCUUUUGGCAGGCAGCCAAACGCGCUGCGUCUCUUCCUCUCCUCCACGCUUUACACGGUGCAAGUGGAAGCAAGUGUCAAGGCGAGCGCAGCUGCCGCCUGCAUCGCGGCUCUCAUUGACCCGACGACCAGUGUCUCACCUGUCCAGGAGAUGAUGCUGAACCAUAGAUAUGGGAGCUCGGACGCCAACUUGGCCGUCCUUGCGGUCAAUCUCUCGGCGUGUACCGCUCUUCGCCGCCUCACCAUCGAGUACCUGGACCCUGCUCUUUGGCCCAGCGUCGCCCUCCUGCCGUCUUUGGAGGAGCUGACCAUGCGCUGGAAUCCGGAGGUGACCUUCGGCAAUGACCCCAUGAUCGAAACUGGCUUCUACGACUCGGAGGGCUUCGAGGAGGAGGACCCGUACGACGAUGCCGAGGAUCUUCCCUCCUGUGACCAGAUUCAGGGGAUUGCCUUUCCGGCGCUCAAAAGCCUGGUUUUCCCAUCGAAGACAUUUGGUUCCCUCACCUUCACGCAGUUCCGCACCGUCUUGGAAAUGCGCGACGAGCCCUGGGCGUUGGAAAAGCUCGUCCUCCCCGUUGGUUCGCUCUACCUGCACCUCAAGUACUCCGUCCGCACCAUUUUGCGCUACAUCAAACGGCACAUCCGCGCGGACACGCUCACACACCUCGUUGUGAGCACUAUAUGGGAGUGGCGCAGUAGUGUCUUCGGGACCUACAACUCACUGUCAGCUAUUUCGGAGCUCUUUGAAUUUUCCCAGCUCACUGUCCUCCAUCUAUGCUGCUUCUGGUACGACUCGCGAGGCGACUUUGAACCUCUUGACGAGGAUCAGACGCUCGAAUUUGCGCGCAGCUUUCCACAGCUCCGCGAUCUUCUGCUCAUGAUGCCAUUCCUCCCAACCGAGAUCGGGAUUUUUGGACAGUAUUGCAAGGAUCUGCGCGUGCUCAGGCUCGACGCACAGUUUUAUUCCAACCAGGCCGGUAGUAUGAACCUGUCGGAUCUAGCAGAGCAAUCCGUUCCACCUGCUCAUCAAGGUGUUGCCCUUGAACGCCUGGUCAUCUGCACGCAGAUGCUUCGCGACGAGGAACGGGAUGAUCUCCUCGACUAUGCGGAAAGUGUGUACCCCAAUGCGACGAUUCGGGAAGUCAGACAAGUACAUGAGCUGUAGUGCAUGUUUAUUCACAGGAUUGCAAUCAUGAUCAAUGGCACCAUUGACGAGUAAUUUGGAGGAUGGAGUUCAAGAGGGAAAGUGGACCGCUGCACGAAGUCGGCACCAAAGUCACAUUGCGAGGGACUUUUGAAUUGCGUACAAGGUCCAGGGAGUUAUUACAUGAAAAUCUUGGCUCAGAACCCAGC